GCUCAUUUAUACACUACGCUUUCUGAGAUUCACAUCUUUCGAAUUUAACGAUUAUAUUAAUUGCCCAUGUGAUUUCUUAUGAGUAACAUAACAAUUUUUUAAAAUGAAGAUUUUAAUGAGAGCCGACACUCAUUACAGCAUAGUUGUAAGUGGCAGUGAAUAUGUUAAGCCGAAAUAUACAUUUUCUCAGGUGUUAGCUGCCGUCGCAGUGUCUAUGGGUUCCAUGAUCGUUGGUUAUUCCACUGCCUACACGUCACCUGCCCUCGUCACCAUGGAAAAUAGCACAACUAUAUCCGUCACUGAGGAACAAGCAAGUUGGGUUGGUGGAUUAAUGCCAUUAGCGGCUUUAGCCGGUGGUGUGCUUGGCGGUCCAUUGGUUGACUAUAUUGGCCGGCGAAAAACUAUACUACUCACAGCUGUACCCUUCUUCGUCGGUUGGAUUUUAAUAGCUACUGCAAGAAUUGUUCAUUUGGUACUUAUAGGACGUGCUAUAUGUGGAUUAUGUGUCGGUAUUGGAUCACUAGCCUUUCCGGUAUACCUCGGAGAAACAAUUCAACCCGAAGUGAGAGGCACUUUAGGUCUGUUUCCUACAGCAAUUGGCAAUAUUGGUAUUUUAAUUUGCUACAUUGCUGGAAAAUACCUUGAUUGGUCACAAUUAGCAUACCUAGGGGCGUCGCUGCCAAUUCCAUUCCUUAUUCUUAUGUUUAUGAUCCCAGAAACUCCGCGAUGGUACAUGUUACGAGGAAGAAAUGAAGAAGCUCGUAAAGCUCUUCAAUGGUUGAGGGGCAAAAAUACUAAAAUAGAUAAUGAAAUGCGUGAUAUAGCUCUUUCAGACGCUGAAGUUGAUAGCGAUUUGAAAUUUAAAGACAUUUUAAAAAUGAAAUAUUUGAAAUCUAUAUUGAUAGCUCUGGGUCUCAUGCUUUUCCAACAGCUCUCCGGGAUUAACGCCGUGAUAUUCUACACAGUCAAAAUAUUCAACAUGUCAGGCAGUUCCGUAGAUGGUAAUUUAUCAACAAUUAUUGUCGGAUUAGUCAAUUUCAUCUCAACAUUCGUAGCAACUGCUCUCAUAGACAGAACAGGACGCAAAAUACUACUUUACAUUUCUUCGGUAACAAUGACCGUGACGCUCAUAGUGCUAGGAACGUUCUUUUACGUUCGAGACACAUUACAUAUGAAUGUCACCAACUUAGGUUGGCUUCCGCUGACAAGUGUGAUGUUUUAUUUACUUGGAUUUUCUUUGGCUUUCGGGCCGAUACCUUGGUUAAUGAUGGGGGAAAUUUUACCAGCAAAAAUUAGAGGUGGCGCCGCGUCUAUGAUUACUGCUUUUAAUUGGUUAUGCACUUUUGCUGUUACAAAAACAUUUCACAAUAUCUUAGUAGCCAUCGGGCCAGCUGGUACGUUUUGGUUAUUUGGUUGCAUUUGUUUUGUUGGACUAUUCUUUGUUAUAGUAUUUGUGCCCGAGACCAGGGGUAAAAGCCUUGAACAAAUAGAGAAUAAAAUGACAGGAACCAAAGCGAGGUCACGUAGGAUGAGUUCAAUUGCGAACAUAAAACCCCUACCAAAUGGAUGCUAGGCCUUUAAAGACUAUAAUUUUAUGUACUUUUAGAAAUGAUUUAGUAUGAAAAUAUGUUACACAAAAACUAUGAUACUUGAUAUAUUUUUAAUAAUAUAUAAGCAGUUUAAUUUAGUAGUUUUCAGCAUUUGAGAAAUAUUGUAAGGAUAUAUUUUAUUAGAAAAUAUAUUAAAGCCAUAACCAAGUCAUAUCUUUUAUAGAUGAUUAAAAUUAUAAUGUACAUUUACAUAUAUUCAGUUAUAUAAUGGUUUGUCAAAUAUCUCCCUUCCGCUUUUUUGCUUUUUAUUCAAUGCUUUACUAAAAGUGUCACAGUGGUCGUAUUUAGUUCAGAUAUACGCCGUUUUGUUCAAUAAUGUUUUCAUCUAGACGGCAACUUCAUAAUACCCCUCUCGUAGAAGCCCCCUCCUUAUUUGCGAAGAACUCGGACAGCCAUUUUUCACAAGCCUAUUUUGAAUUCAACUUUACACCACCGUGGGCAUUCGCCAUGGACAGGAACAGGGGGUAAUCACUUGACGCUGUUCCAUGCGAUUCGAUGUUGGAUGCGAUAAAACCUCCCAUCCGAACUCCCGUAGCUUCUGACGAGUCAUCAACGAAGUGUGUGGGCUGGCGUUUUCGUCGAGGAACGCUACACCCUUCCUGUUGGCCAAUUCUGGACGCUACUGGUCGAUCCCCUGCUUCAAGCGAUCCAGUUGUUCGCAGUAGAUGGUAGAAUUAAGCGUCUGGCCAAAAUGGGAGCAGCUCAUAGUGGAUGAUUCCCUUCCGAUCCCAAUCCCAAUCCAAACACACAGCAAAACCUUCCUGGCCGUCCGGGAUUGACAAGUGUUGGCCACUGUUUGAUACGGUCCAGAUGGUUUUUAUGAGUAAAAUCAUGCGGCACCCAAACAUCAAGCUUUUUUUUGUAUCCAGCCUUCUGCAGAUGGUUUAAAAUGGUUUGGUGACUAACUGCCAUCUCCUGGGCGAUGUCACGAGUUGCCACAUACCGGUGUAACUCGAUAUUUUCCAUGAUUUGAUCGUUGUUCGUCGUCACCGGUCUUCCGCCGGCUGGCUCAUCCAUGGUGUCGUUAGGUUAGGUAAGGAACGUCUCACGAAACGUUUCUUUAGCGGAUUUGCCUUUAACGAAGGAAAACUUUAAAUUAGCGCGAAUUUUGGGUUAGUGAAAUCCAUGUUUACACGUCUAUAAUUGUUGAACGCAAUAUCCAAACUAAUCAUGCAUUGCUUCGUUUUUUAGGUUAUGUCAAGACCUUUCAAAUAAUAUAUAACAUUGCCAUAUAUGAGCUCUGUAGCGUUUUGUACAUAGCCGCGAAAUUAGAAGGGAGAUAUUUGACAACCUAUUUGAUAGAAAAAGAAACUUAUAUGUAGGAAAAAAAAUGACUUGUAAUUAGUUUGUGUUAAUAAAUUAUUAUUGUUUUAUUAUUGAAUAUUCAUAAGUUAAAUAUUAAAAUUUCCAAAAAUGUUAUAAGAUAAGGAUAAAAUUAAACAACAAAUUAAAAACUA